AUGGCUGAAAGCGACUCGUCUGCUCGUUUGCGAGUAUCGAAAAAUAGGGGUCGGCCACGAGCGAGUUCCAUCCAGGAUGCUUUAGACAGCAUAGAACACGAUCCGUCCCAUCACAUUGCAGGAGCAAUGGCUGAAGGAACUCCGGAUCCUACCCCUUCUUCCAGUCCUAACAUUAACUCGCUGGCCAAUAAUGCAAAACUGCGAUACGGCAACGAAAAACGCCGUGGAAUGGACCUCCCUGGCGCCGGGACCUCUCGUGCCGCGCCGAGUGGCUUCUGGCACGACGUCAUAUCCAUGCGUUGGAUGCGGGAGCCUGAAUCCUCAUUCAAGCUCCUCCUCAUCCCAUUGGCCCUAUAUGGUAACUUUGAACUUGUCACACGAUACAUUCUUGAACAACCGUAUAGCAACCCGUUUGCGCCAUUAUUAUUCAUCUCGUAUCGACUCUCAGAUUCCGAGUCCUCUGAUCCUCGCUAUGGUAAAGGCUGGUUGGACCUGGCGUUUUUGGUCUACUACGUAAUAUUCUUUUCCUUCGUUAGGCAGUCAGUUACCAUUCACAUUAUUCGGCCGAUCGCAAUGAGACUUGGUGUUCGUAAAGAAGCGAAGCUUGAUAGAUUUGCUGAGCAAGGAUAUGCGGUACUAUACUUUGGAGUAUUCGGCUCUCUUGGCCUCUAUGUUAUGAGUCAAAUGCCAACCUGGUGGUUCAAAACGGAGCACUUCUGGCUCGAAUAUCCUCACUGGAGAAUGACGCCCUUGUUGAAGACCUAUUAUUUGCUCCAAGCAUCCUACUGGACUCAGCAGUUGUUGGUCUUGGUUCUCGGACUCGAAAAGCCUCGCAAAGAUUAUUUAGAGCUCGUCAUCCACCACCUUGUCACGAUCUACCUCAUCAGCUCGAGCUAUAUUGUCAACUUGACCUGGAUUGGUAAUGCUGUCUUUAUUACCAUGGAUGUUUCCGAUGUUUUCUUGGCACUCUCCAAGAUCUUCAACUAUCUGAAGAUGAACAAGACCAAGUUCGUAUCUUUCGGGUGGUUCACAGUCGUAUGGAGUUAUCUCCGUCAUUGGCUCAACCUUGUAAUCUUGUGGUCUGUUUGGUUCGAGUUUGAUCUCAUUCCGGACAAGAGGAUGGAUAUUGCCAAUGAACUGUACAUGGCUUGGUUCUCCAAGUACUUGGUCUUCUUGCCCAUCUUCCUCUUGCAACUCGUCAACCUGUUCUGGUAUUUCUUGAUCUUGCGCAUCCUUGUUAGGGCUAUCUUUGCUCCCGACCUGGACAAGGUCGACGACGAUCGAUCCGAUGAUGAAGGCGAUGAUGCUGACGACGAAAGUGAUGAUAACGAAAAGAGCGACUAA